UCCGUCAAACCAUCAAUGGUCAGAUGACCGCAUUUAUCCCACCGGCCACCCUGUCAGUUGUGUUUCACCUCACCUGCGUCGCAGCCUAUCAGCCUUCCAGCGGAUCAGUCGUGGUAACCAUCAGCCCUCUCAACACAGCCUCAAAGCAUAUCACUCGCUAUGACACCGGUCUAGUUCAGACCUGUACUGCCCGUAGUCCGCUUGGCACUGCUACCGCUCAAAUCAAAAUCGACCAGGGUUACCCUGUUUCGAUCUAUCCCGUCAGAGCAUCCAUGGUUCUGUUGCCAUCCGGUGGAACAAACUCAUCGUUGCUUGUGGCAGCUCGCGGUACCCCUCUGGGUCAACACGUAGUAUGUGUGUUUGUUGCUGAUGGCUCAGCUCCCCCGUGUGGCGCAUGGACCGAUUCCUAUGCCAGCAGCAGCCUGGUGAUGGUGGACACUCCGUCUGUCAAGGCCACCCUGGAAUUCACCGCUCCCACACUCACCUGCCCUGGUUCGUUCCACAUCGUCGUCACCCGUCCGCUGGCAGCUAACCAGCCUACGGUCACCGUCGUCACGAUGCUCGUCAACCCAUUCCCCAUUUUCGGAUCCGCACCCCCCGUCAGCACCUAUAGUCACGAGGUUGGUACGCCCGUGCCCGCGUCACGUGACUACCCGGCUACAUGCUAGCUUCGUGCUGCCUGGGGCUGCCAGCCAUCGAACGUAUACAACGUUGCUGGAGUCCUAAUGCAGGGCUGUCUUUUUUAUCUGGAGACUGUAUGAGUAUUGCCAUUAACAUUGGAAACCCAUUGUGCCGGUCUUGCAAAUCAAGGCAGGGACCUUUUUCAAGGGACUCAAUCGUAUGGGUAUGCACGUACACCUACCCUUUCCUCGGCUAAUAGCCUUUUCUUUAAACUUGUUUUUUUUUGUUUUGUCUGAUCAUCUGGCACUCAAGCUAUACCUAAAAAUUCAAGGAGUGUAUAUUAAUAUUAUUGCUAACACUGUACACAGUCCGUGUUCAGCAAUAAUUAUUAUAUUAUUCGAAGCUGUUCUAUAUCAAAUCUGUGAAUAAGAUGUGCUGUCAUCACCAAGCACACAUUACGAAGCUAUUUUGAAUUUAUUUUGCAUAGCCAUGAGGUCCAUUUGCCAUCAUCUAU